CACAUUCGCGUUGGGCGGAUUUCGCGCCGCCUCGCUGCGAUUACAGCUGGGGCCCGUCUCCCGCACCGGCGCCGAGCCGACGACACUGCUGACCGGCUACACACGCCAAUGCCAAUCGGCAACAGCUCGGCAGCGGCGCUACGCGUGGUGUGUCGAUCGACGCGGACGCUGAUGCUGAGUUCGUCGCUUGCUCUUGCUUUCGUGCUCACCAAAUACUGGCAUCGCCUACGCAGGCUCGUGUGUGCGCGACUGCGACGCAGUCAGGCGGACGCCGAUGCCGCCGGCACCGCCACUUGCCGAAAGCGAAACAGGUGGCUGCUGUCUGACCUGCAUGUGCUGCGGCACGCCGACUAUCUGUUCGCGUUCAAGCUCCCUGAUCUGCACAUCGAUCACCCGGCCGAGCCCGUCACGCUGCAGACCCAGCUCGGUGCAUGUCACCCGGAGCACGUCGACCCGACGACCGCCUUUGGCUUCCGGCUCGCGCACCAGCUUGACUAUGCGACCAGCGGCGUCCUGUGUGUCGCGCUGAGCAAGCGCGCCGCCAAGAUGGCCGCCGCCUGCUUCGCAGGCCGGACCGCCCGCAAGUGCUAUCUCGCGCUCGUGCACGGACACGUGCAGUGGGUGCAGGCCGUCUGCGAGCGCGCCAUCGGCCUCGACGAGAGCGACGAGCGCGGCUUCCGCAUGGCCGUCGAUGGCGCGCCGGGGAAGCACUGCGGGCCAGCGCGGACCGAGUGCGCGCUCGUCGGCCGCGGCUACCUCGACGACGGCCGCCCGGCGAGCAAGCUGCUGCUGCGGCCGCUCACGGGCCGGAGGCACCAGCUGCGCGCUCGGCCGGAGUGGCUCCCUAUAGGCAUCGUCGGCGACGUGGCCUACACGGGCGACACGGCGGCGCCUCGCAUGAUGCUGCACGCCUGGCUGCUAAAGCUCCCUCUGGCGGCGGGGAGCGUCACCUCGGGGUCGGUCGAGCUGAUCUCGGGCGAUCUGGGAUCGAAAACGCCCUCUCUCGACAACAUCAAGGGCAAGUGGUCACAGGCCUUCAAACUGCUCGGUAACGCCGCGACGGUCACCGCCGAGUACGACCGCGCCGAGAACGACAAGUUCCUCAAGAGCGCCUCGCUGAGCGGAGCCGUGGACAAGAUCAAAUACGAGCUCGCGUCGAACUUCGGCGGACCGCUCGAGGCGACCCUCGAGACCUCGACCGAAGACGGCACCACGAUCGAGGUCGAGGCCGAGGUCGACGGCCUCUCCUCUCGCGUGACGCGGGUGACGGGCACGCGCACCCUCUCGGUCAACGAGCGUGAGUGCGACCUCGAGCUGUCCCACACGCUCGGCGACAACGAGUCGAAGCUGCGGCUCUCGACGAUGCUCGGCUCGGGGCUGCGGGCGGUCGGCCUGCUAUCCUCCAAGGGCGGCGGCAAGGGCGGGCUCGACCACUCCCUGACGUACGAGCUCGAGUACGACACGCAGCUGACGGAGGGGCGCACGCUCUCGGCAAAGGUGUCGCCCAGGGACGGCACUGGCGAGGUGGAGUACGAAGACUCGGCGACCAUCGACGCGACCAUCGCAGCCACCUUCCCGCUGGGCGGCGCACCGAAGGUCACCGCCAAGCGCGCCUUCUCCUUCUGAGGUGGCGCGUGUUGCUUGGGGGGUAGAUGGGGGUGGCACCGCAGCCACGCAGCGCGGUCCCCCCGCACACACCGCCCGAGCGCCGAGGCGCGAGGGGCUCCCGCUGCGCAUCGAUGUGAGGCAUGAGCCCGGCGCGCUCCACCAUAUUCCAACUGCACCCUGCGACAUGGUCGUGUAGUCUAGGGCAGUAUUACACAUGCAUACGAGAUGUACUUGCGGGCCGCCAACGAAACUCGAAACGAAAGCACUUCCACACACCCUCUCGCCACCGUCCACGUGCAGCGGUGCACGCGUCCAGCUUCGGGGUAAUACACCGCGGUAGGAUUCCAGGUGGGCAGCCGCACGGGGCUCGGGGCACGGGGGCUGAGCCAACGCCGGCAGGGCGGUGCCGCGCUCGGCGCCUCCGGGCUGCCGGCGUGUCCUGUCUCCUGUGUCCCGUGUGGCGCGGGGCGCCGUCUCGCACCUCGCACGCCGUCACGUCAAGUCGUCGUCCUCGAGCUCGUCCUCCGGGGCCAUCUCGCCAAAGUCUCCCGUGCCGACCGGCUGCUCGCUCGCGUGGGCGGCCGCCGAGCUGGCGAGGCAGCCGCCUCCCGACGCCGCGCCGGAGCCUGCGGCGGCGGGUCGCCUGGCCGGCGGGGCGAGGUAGGCGGCAGGCACGCGUGCCGAGGCGAGGGUCAGGUCGCGAGCGAGCAAGGCGACGGUGUUGUCGACGGCGGCGAGCGUGCCGUCCGACACGGCUGCGGCGAGCCCGUCUGCGUCCUGCGCUGCGAAGGCUGCGAGGAGCCUUCGGGCUAGGUCCGC